ACCAUUUAAUUUAUUUGUUUGGAAAUUUUAAAUAAAAUGUAAACAUUUUUAUUUGUGUGUGUGUGUACUGAAUCUGAUGGCAUAAAAAAAAUAAUGACUUCAGAUUGUGUCUCAAGUAAAAUUGAUCCACAGUAUUUUGUGGACAAUAUGUUGACAGAUGAGGAUUUUCAAUUUGAAACGGAUGAUUUUCUGGAUGUACCUUUAGAAGAUCAAAAUAUUUUAGAAAGUUUUAGGAAAGAAUUGCAGCUGGAAAAUCAGUCAAGACAACUAAAUGGUGGUAACACUCAAGGACUUGAUUUUGUUGAUAAUAUGGAUUUCUGUAAUUCAACUAUAGAUGAUAUUCUAAAAGACUGUUUCAAAGAUGCUGACAUAAAAACAGAGCCACUUUCUCCUUGCUCAAAUGGAAUGACUUCACCCGAGAGUGACACAUCUGUUAUAAAUAUUCCUGAUGAAGACUCAAAUAGUGGAAUCAAUCUAGUGUUGUCUGAAACUCCUCCUCAAACACCACCUGGACUUCUUGAACAAGUGCCGAACUCUCCACCUAAUGGUUCUUGCACUCCUAUUGUUGUUUCAUUGAGUGCUGUACCUACUUUGACUUAUGUUGUACCUCCUACCAAAAAACUUUCUGUGAUCAAUCCAGUUAAACCUAGAGUGAGCAUACAACCGAAGCCCACUAGCAAUAAUCCAAAUAAUACAACUUCUACUUUAAGGUCAAAUUCAAAUGCAGGUCACUCAUUCAGCUCUGAUCAACUAGUUAAAUUACCCAAUGGAAUUUUUCGAGUCAAGGAACCCAUUCCAAGCAUUUUAAAGCCUACAGCACAAACUAGGACUGCUAAAUCUGCAAAUUUUACAAAUGGAAAAAAUGGAAUGAAGAAAUCUGAUUUAAUUGAGGUAUGCACAGCUGCUUUAAAAAGGCAAGAAAGGAUAAUUAAAAACAGAGAAUCUGCUUCUUUAUCUCGAAAAAGGAAAAGAGAAUAUGUACAAAAAAUAGAAGAAGAGUUAAAUCAAGUUGCAGCUGAAAAUGCCAGUCUUAAAGAAGAAAACUGUCGUUUAAAAAAUAGAAUUAUUGAUCUUGAAAAUGAGGUUACAAAGUUGAAAGCAGCAUUCACAUCUAAAGGGAUGAAAAAAACUGUUUGCUUAAUGGUUGCUGUAUGUAUGCUGACUUUUAAUUUUGCAUCUUUUGGAUCAAUAUUCGAUAAAGUUAGCUUGAAACCAAUGAAAACUGAUACAGAAAAUCAUCGAGUUGGGCGUAUUUUAUUGUGGAAUGAAGAAAAUAGUUCCCGGGAAGUAAAUUCUUCAUCACCAUUACUUCAUAACAACUUUUUGAAAGAGGAAGAUGAUACAUCAUUAAUUGCAUCUUGGAAUAAGUAUUAUAAUACUUCAACUUGCCAACAGUUCAUAAACAAAUCUGAAUCCUUAAGGUUGGAAAAUGAUCUAUUAGGCUGGGUAAAGCGUGUAGAAAAAAAGCAAAAACAGAAAGAUUCAAAAUUAAAUAAAAAUUCAGUGAAAACUGUUGUUCCACCUUUCCCGAAGCUUCAACAGUUGGGUUUAAAAAGAGGCAUAAGAGAAGAUAUAUGGGCAAAAAAGAAAAAUCGAAAUGAAAUUCUAAUUUAUCAAACGCCAAGAAAAGAUUAUGAAGAUUUCUUUGAUGCAAUACAUAGACGAGACGAUUCAUUUUAUUUUAUAUCAUUUUCAGGGGAUCAUUUGUUGCUUCCUGCUAUUGCUCAUAAUCAGACUCUUCGUCCACGAAUGUCAUUUGUGAUGCCAGCAAUGAUUUUAAAUGAUUCAGUGGAUGAAGCUGAUGACCACAUAAGUAUGAUGCAAAUUGAUUGUGAAGUAAUGGAUACAAAAUUGGUUCACAUUAAAGAAUCUGUUAUACCCUCGCAUUUACGUCAGAAGCAUAACAACUCUUCAAAAGCUAAUUCAAAAAAUUAUACAAAAUAUUCUGUCAAUAGAAAUUCCAAAAGAAUUCAUGAUUCAACUGUAAAGUUACCUGAUAAACCUUCAGAAAAUGGUUGAUUCAUUUAUAUUUUAAAAUGCUUGGUAAAAAAUUUGCAUUCCAUCAUGAAAUGUGAUGUUUUUUCAUCUGAUCUUCAUUGACUAGCCACAUUUGGAGAUUCAUUAAUUGUUUUUAUAAGUGAUCAUCAGUAUUCGUUUGAUAUUCUGUGUGCUUGACCACUUUUGAACUCUUGUUGUCCUUGUUAUUUUGAAUUUUCUGAGAGAAAAAUUAAAUAUUUCAUCUUGAGGUUUUAUGAGAGAUAUUGCAGCUGGCAUGCAUGAAAUAUAAUGAUAAAAGUGUCAGUUUUUAAUCACUUAUACUAAUGUUUUACAUUUUACUAUGUAGAAAUGAUUAAAGAUGGAUUUCUUUCUCUAAUUUGAAUGUAAAAUAUAAGCAUUUGCUUAGUAUGAAUCAACUAAUGCAAUUGUCUGGCACAAUAAAUAUAAUUUGUAUAUUUUCAGUGUUUUUGAAUGAAGCAAUAAUUGAGUAUUGUAUAUGAGCUUCUGUACAAUUUUUCGGUGCUUAGUAUUAUUUCUGUCAGACAAUUAAGAAAAUA